ACACAGCUCAAGCGUCAAUCCAAAUGUAAUUUUUGAUACCAGUGACACCGAGGACUGGAGGAAUUUCCAUUACAACUUCUGCAUGCCAAGUAAGGAACCUUCUUCACUGAUCAUCAGUGAAUUGCAUCCUGAGCACCAAUGGGUCUGCACUGCUAAUUAUAUAUAAAUACACAAGAUACUGCAUAUCAGAGUUGUCAAGUUUAAACAUGUGCAUGUUUCAGUUUAAUUUUCUACUACUACUAAACAUUUAGCCAUUCACUAAACAUUAUAACUAAACUUAGACACUAAAUUAAUCCUGUAAGUUAUUAAUUUGCCUAGUUGUUAUCUGAACACUUUAUUUUAGUACAUUCUAUAUGUAUUUCCAAAUUGGGAGAACUUUAGCUAACAUUUUUUUUCUGGUCUAAGUGUAAGCUCUACAAUUUAGUUUACUGUGGUUAGUGUACAUUAUAAAUAUUCGUAAACAUGAAAGACUUAAUGUAUAUUCAGACAUGCUAAUCCUACGCUACAUAUCUGUACUGGGUUAGUGGAGGGAGAGCCAAAGUGUGUGGGUUGCUCGGCAUGCACAUGUGAUAACUCUCUAAUUUGAAAAGACCAUUAAUAAACAUAUACUAGGAGAGCCAGCCAGGUAUGACUUUAUAAUUGAAAGCAUCUUCCUUUCUAGAGGAAGUACUGCACAGCCGAGCAUCUUUGUAUCUUUUGUCUGAUAUUUUUGUUUUGUAUUUUGCACGACCUACAUUGUUAAACUGAAGAAGCAACCCCCAUCCUGAGUAAUGCAGUACCAUUAGUGGUUUCAGUAAAUCCUGCAACCCUUUUAAACACAAACAAAUAAGAGGCUGUCCUGAAUGUGAGGACUGGUAAGUAAGAGUCUAGUCAAUCCCUACUAAAGUAGUCUUCUGAUUCUUAGCAGUGACUGCGUCAAACAGCUAUCAUAUCAUUCAGUGUGUCCCUCAAAAUAGAAUGUCGGCUCAUAAACAACGUUUAUAAACUCAUGCGCUCUCCCAAAGGAACAGGAUGGUUGGAUUACUCCGAGAGACACCAAAUCGGCCAAACAGCACAGAUCAAAAGUCUUGGGAAAUUAUUUAAGGAUCAAGCCAUCAGAAAAGUUAAAUUAAAAAUGGCAUAAUGAGUCGUAAAAACUUUUGUACAGACGUCAUUGCAACUGCAAAAGCGGAGGGCCGGGAGCUUCAGUAUUGGCAUGCCUUGCUGGUAGGAGAUGAAGAUACCAUUAUCAGCAUCAUUGAUGAACCAGAGUCACACAGGAUCCUAAAUGCCAUAUUCGAUACCAGCAAUGUUGACGAAUGGAGGAAUUACAGGUUUAAUUACAGGGGUCUGCGCCUGUGGUCAUUGACAUACGAGCAGGAGCUGACGACUCCUCUGCACAUCACAGCGAGCCGCGGCUACACCGAUUGCCUGAAGCACCUGCUGACGAGAGGCUCCGAGGUAGACAUAGCCCCGGGGGGAAGGACUGCCCUCCACGAUGCUUGCAGCAACGCCACCACAGAGUGUGCCAAGCUGCUGUUGACUUACGGAGCGAGUGCCAACUCAGUCACAGAAGACGGUUUCAUGCCCCUCCAUUUGUGCACCACCCCACAGUCAUUCCAAUGUGCCAAACUCCUGUUGCAGUUUGGUGCCCACGUGAAUGGGCGCAGCUUGGACGAUGACGACACUCCCCUGCACUUGGCAGCGCGCUACGGCCUGGAGGAGCACGUCGAUCUGUACCUGAGGUAUGGUGCGGCCAUAGAGAAACAGAACGAUGAGGGGCAGACCCCUCUCAAUGCUGCCUGCUCGCAGCCACACAGUGCAGAGGAAAUGGAACGCUACUACCAUAUCUGCCAGCGGCUGGUCGAGGCCGGGGCCAACAUCUUCACCAGUGACCAGGACAAGCAGACCCCUCUGCACAUGGCCUGCAAGAACGUCAACCCCAAAGUGGUAGAGCUGCUGUUGCAGAAAGGGUCCAACGUGAAUAUUAUGAGCUACAGCAGCAACGCGCCCAUGCACAACAUCCUUAAAGGGGUGGCCUUCAAGCUUGAGCACCAGCCAGAGCUCAUUGUCCGCUCCCUUCUCAACUAUGGCUCCAUCCGCGUCUGGCCCGAGGCACUGCCCAAGGUACUGAAGUACUGCUGUCCUUCUCCCAGGACUAUUGAGGCUCUGAUGAACGCCUACGACCGCCUCAAAAUCACAGACGCCUGGUUGGAGGCUGUUUCUCCAGAAGUCUUCCAGAAACAUCGUUACUUUUAUGAGUCACUCUUUGCCCUGGCUAACAGACCCCGGUCCCUCCAGCACCUGGUUCGCUGCAAGCUGAGGAAAUACUUGGAGGGCCGGCUUCAUCAGGCGGUGCCCAAGCUUGGCCUGCCCACCUUCCUACAGAACUACCUGCUGCUGCACUUCCGUGACUGCCUGCACUAACCCGGACAAUAAAUGCAGUGCAAUUUCUUAUUGAUCAUUAAUUCGACCAAUAGAAACCCUUUCACCUGGAAGCGCAAACAGCACACCUAAAUCCCUGUAGAACAGCUAUAUUUUCCAGAAAUUGAUUUUGCUAUAAAAAAAAUUAAAAAUGCAUUUAAUUUGCAGUUAAAUCAAUAAAUAAUUAGUCUGCGUCUUUGUGUAAGGGCUGGAUAUAAUACUGGUAUUCCAGUAUUACAGAAAAGGUCAUAAAAUAUGGGGUGUAGAAACUCAGUCAUUUUCAGUCAUGCACAAGGUAGCAUCUUGUAUCACAGUAAGAGGAACCCUACACACAGUCUACUCCUUCAUAGUGCAUGAUGCCAAAUUGAAUUAAUGUGUUUAAUUGACACAAUUAUUUUUUGUAUUAUUACUUACUGAAAUAAAAGAAUAAUACAAUAAAAGCUUUUAAUAUUUACCUUUUAAUUGACAGAGCUACAGAUCACAGAUUCUUGUGUUUUAAGCUGUUGACUAAAAUAGAUUGAGAUAUACUUUAUCAAGUAAAUGGUUUUUUGGACAUGUGAUGGACAUGUAAAUCAUGUUUUAGAUUUUUGUUUUUUACUUUUAUACAUUGUGUGUGCAUUUUGCUCAAACUACUGAACAUAUAAAUUCUACAGUUCUUGAAUUUAACUGUUGGUUUGCAAAAAAGUUAAAUUAAAUGAUUUAAAAAAUAUAUAUAAUUGUCUAUUUCUACUGAGCUGUGUCUUUUUGUAUUAAAGUUAGUGACCACAAGGGGGUGCUGUAGGCUGCAAUUCCACACAGUUCCAUAUCUAAUGCCAUAAAGCCCUUUCAUGAGUGUGCUCUGAAAACAUCAUUGAAAUUAUGUUAAAACUCUUCACAAAGGGUCUAUUUUAGCCACCCUUUAAACACUUUUUUCUACUGCUAUUAAGGACAUUCAAAUCAAAUCUUCUCAGCCUGAUACAUAUCUUUAUUUAUUGUUUGCUUUACCUAUGGUUAAAGAUCAAUAUUGAUGCACUGUAAAUGUAUAGAUUACGAAGGUGCUUUGUGAACUUCUCCUGAAAGCUCCAAGAAUGUAUCUUAAUCUUGAUCAGAAGACCUCAGCUGCUGUUUGCCUGGUCUUCCCCCACACUUUCCAGUUUACCAAACUAGGCCAAAUAGUGUUGUAAUUAAGUUUCAUCCUACUUCUGGACUGAAAUAGAUUUUCAGCCAGGCCUCCAGAGGUGUGCAUUAAUUGACUGCACUAGACCUCCUUAUGAAUUUGAUUUGGGGAUUUGUGUGAAUCUAGCUUAAGGAGCAUUGAGCCAACCCAGACAGUAAAGUUCCUCACCUUAUAUCCCAGAGCACAACACUGCCUGUGGCACUAUAUGUGUGUACUGUAUUAGGGGGUUAAGUAGUUUAAAU